CUCUGUCUCUUGUAUUUCUCAAACCAGAGAGAGUCACAACUUUGCUCGUAUAUACCAAUCUUUAUAUCUUUACAGUCAGAUUUUGUCACUUCUUUGUUACUCUUUUAUAUACAUAUAAUUCUGUGUUAUCCCUUUUGCUCUGUGGUCUCUUUCAACAGCUAAAACUUCACUCCUCUGCUACUCUCCAAGGUUCACAAAUCUUGGGAAAAAAAUGUUGGGUUCAGGAAUCUUGAAUUCUUGUGUUCAUCAUUUGAUUCUGGUUGGUUGCUGAGAAAGUGUGGGAAAUUUAUCCAAAUUUGGAAUUUGAAAUUGAGUUUAUUGUGAAAUAUUGUAAAAGAAUGGAGUCUGAGAAUGCCGUUGAAUUGAAGGAUGACAAUGUCAUUGAGGAAACUCAUCCUGAAGCAUCUGCUGUGGUACUAAGGAAAGAAGAAAAAAAUGCUGCUAAUGAUCAAGAGCCUAAGAAUGCCAAUGAAACUUCCAAGCAUGUUGCAAAUCCUGAUGAUCAUCAUUCCUCUGUUGUGGCAAUAAAUGCCAAAGCAAAUCUUUCUGAAAGUAAACUUUCAAAAUCCUUCAAGGAAUCAGCUACCCUGGGUUCAAAGAGCAACAAACUGUCCAAGGAUAAACCUAAUUUGAAAGGCCCUGGUUCUGUUUCUCGUAAUCAGAGGCCAUCACUUUCUCAAAGUCUUUCAUUUCCAGCACGAGGAGUUCGUCCUGACAAUAUGAGGAAAAGCAUUGAUGAACGCCCAACAAAAACCACAGCCAAAUAUGCCCAAGAUGAUGGUAGAAAAGGUCAGGUCACUUCAAAUGGAUCAAUCACUUCAGUUUCCCGUUUAACUCAACCGAUUAGGCAUGCACGCACUGGAGCGAAUUCAAAGGAAUCAAAUGUCAAUGGUGGCAAAGUUAUUACCAGGAGGACUUCUUUAGCAACUGUGCCAAGCAAACAACAGUCUGCACAGCCUCUGAAAUCAAGUUCUUUGAAUGAAUCCACCAAUUGCCCUCCCUCUGAAGUAUCUGAGUUAGCUGAUGAAAAUUUGCAAAAUGUACCUACCACAAUGCCAAGCAAAGAAGAUGAUGACAUCCAUUCAACUACUUCAAGUGCCACUCCUCGUGCACGGAGAGCUAGCGGUUCUGGGUUUUCCUUCAGGUUGGAUGAACGUGCAGAAAAGCGGAGGGAGUUUUUUUCUAAGCUGGAAGAGAAGAUCCAUGCCAAGGAAAUGGAAAAAAGUAACUUGCAGGCAAAGUCAAAGGAGAACCAGGAAGCAGAGAUCAGGCAACUAAGAAAGAGCCUGACAUUUAAGGCUACACCCAUGCCAAGCUUCUAUAAGGAGCCUCCACCAAAAGUUGAACUGAAAAAGAUACCAACCACCCGUCCGAUAUCACCAAAGCUCGGAAGGCACAAGAGCUUAACUGCUUUAGUGAAUGGCUCUGUAGAAGGUGGUGGAUCUUCCCUUGGCCCACAAUCCUCAGAUAGUCCACGUGCUUUGAAACCAGAAUCAAGCAAUGCAACCAAGGGAAUUCAGAGAAAUGGCAGCAAAGAAACUGUAGCCUUAAAAACACCAAUCAGGAAGUCCCAGCCAAAGCUUCAGUCCCAGCGAACCACAACCACUGGAGCGGAAGGGAAGACUGUCAAGUCCAAAGCGAAACCUGCAGAAGCAGAGAACCAAAACCCUGAAGGAUCUGUUCAAAAAGCUGAAGAAAACCAUAAGAAUUCUAUGAACCUCCUGAUAUGUGAGAAUGGAAAUAACAUUCCUGAAAAGAAUUCUGCCCAGGAUGAUGGAUUGAUGUUGAGUCCACCCAACCAUGAGACCAUGCCCCCUCAAGUCACAGUUGCAGGGUGAGAACAUUGUUGUUGUCCCUUUAGGUUUUGAUGAUUAAAGUUCCAUAUUGUUGUGAAUAGUCUGGUUAUAUUGUGGGGUAUGGCAUUUUUUUGGGUACUUGUGAAAGUAAUAUAAAUCAAUAGGUUUACAUGAAA